AUGCGCUCCGUCAUACUCGGGCUGCCCUUUGUGGCGCUCGCCCUGGCCACUCCCGUGUCGAAUAGCAUCAGCAACAUCGACGGGACACCGGACGAUGUAGCGAAGGUUCUUGAGCGGGGGGCUCCGGGAGACUUCUUCAAAGAUGUCGCCGGGAUAAUCAAGAUCCUGGAAAAGGGUCUUCCCGCAGACAUCCCGAGCGAAGCGGCUGCGAUAGCGGCCGUCCUCGAACAGGGUCCUCCUCGAACACAAGCUUCCUCUGACGUAUACGAGAAACUGAGCUACUACGCACAAUUUCCAGGAUCUGCAACGGCAUGCGUCCACAAGCCUGCGGAAGGCGUGGUCGAGCAGCUUUACGUCAAUGAAACCACCACCGACACCCAGGCUAUGAUUUACCGACUCGAUUCCAGAAAGGAGUUGAUUCUAGCUAUUCCAGGGACCCAGAGCCAACAGGACUGGGAGACGGAUGAAAACUGGCGUCUGGUUGACUACAAGUCCUGCCAGUCCUGCAAAGCGCAUCACGGGUUCUUGACUGCCUGGGAUUCAAUCGUCGACCAGGUGGAGCGCGGGUUGGAGUCGGCUCUGCACUCAUAUCCAGGCUACUCGGUCACCAUCGUGGGCCACAGCCUCGGAGGCGCCCUCGCGGAGCUUGCCUUUGGCAGCUUGAAGCCAAAGCCGUUGAAUGUCACGCAGGUCAUCACCUAUGGCGCGCCGAGGGUCGGGAACGCAGGAUUUGCCAAUUACCUUGACAAGCUGGCGGGCGCGUCAAACUCGAAUGCCGGCAUUGCGUAUCGUGUGACGCACUAUGAUGACAUUGUUCCACACUUGCCCCCUUUCUUUCUUGGGUUUACUCACCCUAGGACCGAGUACUGGCAGUCUGCUGAUAAGCCCACCGAAGCCACGACGUAUAGGUGCAACGGCCGCGAGUCGCUGGACUGCAUCUUUGGCAAGGCGCCAUCAUCAAAAUCAGAUGCACAUGGUACUUAUGCUGGGAUGAAGGUUUUUUGCUAA